AUGGAUGUAGGAAGAGAUAAAGAUAAUGAUAUAGAACAGGGGAUAAAGGAUAUAGGAGAGUUACUCAAGUCUGGUCGUCAUGUCGGUGUGUCAAGAGCAUCAGCAUCACUCUUGCAAAAGUUGGACGAUGAUCACUCAUCAAACAUCAACAACAACAUCAACAACCAGAGGAAAGACAUCUAUCGCAUCAAGUUGAAUUGCAUGUUGACAAAGAGUGCACUUAGACAAAAGAACAUUGAAGGUGCACGUGAGCCUAUGAGAGUGGCCAACAAGUUGUUGGGUGGACUACUCAGCGUUAGGGACUUCAAGAGAGACAACAAGAUAUUGGUUCAAGAACUCAAACAUCUACUGUUCAUCACAAACUAUGAGUUCUUUCGAGAUGACCCUCGGACCAAAGAGACAGACAAGAGAUUGCUGGAAUGUCUGAUAGGUGCAGAGAGUUGUGCAUUGUCCUUGAUCCAGGCCAAUCGAUCAGACAGCAACAUGUUGUUGGAGUGUAGCGAGCGAUACACAGACACCUGUCUCACACUGGUCGAUCAUCACCUGUCAAUGAAACAGUAUUCAAUGGCAAUGGAGUAUAUUAUAAAGGUGGUCAACAAAAUUGGUAUGAACAUGAGUGAUAUACAUGCUGCGUUGUCCAGGAUGCCAUACUGUGCCACAGACAAGCAUGUUGUGGAUGAUCAACUCUUUGAUGUUGAGCAACACCUGGACAAACUGGACUCGGAUCACAUGGCCACACUGGAUAUGGUCAUUCAAUCAUAUCAAUUGAACAUCAAGUCGGUCAACAAGAAGAAGAGGACAUUGGACCAGGAGCACGAGACACCCAUGUCGCCUGAGCGAGUCACAUCGCCAGUCAAGCCGAGUGCCACCACCUCCAAGUCCACUUCCUCUACUUCCGCUCGCGCACCAACCACCCCCACGCGUCCUUCCACACGUAGCUCAACAUCUACGACGACAACGACACCUGGUGGCGAAUCAUUGGCAGAGAGGAAGAGCAAAUUGGAGAGCUUGAGGAACAAGAAGGUGGACAAGGACAAGAAGAGGAACUUGCCAAUCGAGGUGCCGUCAAUUGAUCAGGUGUUGCUCACUGUUAGCCAAUCGCCACACAAGAGGAUACGACGCACGGACAACUUGGAAUUCCCAUCAAAGUAUGAAUAUGGUAUCGAUCCACUGACUGGCGAGACAAUUGUUUUGGACAAGAACACUGGCAAACUCAUUCAAUCAUACAAGGACUUUGAUCCGAUGGGAUCAUUAAACCCUGAUGACCUGGAUGAGAAUGGCAAUCCAAGACCAUACGCAACCGAUCAGUUCAUUGUGGAUGACGAGUAUGGUGAUGGUGAUGAUGAUGAGUUGGAGCCACCCUCACCAACAAUCAUAUCAUCGUCAUCAACCAGACAUCGACUCAAGAAGAUGAAGAAGACACACGUUGUUGAUCAAGGCCCACCAAAGAGAUUGAGAAAGGCAACACCAAGCAGCGUUGGUGGAGUCUUCAAACCAAUAGACCUUGAUGGUGUUGAAGUAUUAUCAUCUUCAACAUCAACAACAUCAUCAUCUAAAAAUCGCAAGUCAUUGUACAAGAUAUAUCAUAAACAAGAAGUGAUCAAGAGGAUUAAGGAGGAUAUUGAUGAGGAUGAAUAUGGUCAAUACGAGAGAGUGGCACUUGAUUUCAAGAGAUACGAUGACAAACCAUUUGAUAUAACAUUCAAUCAUUACAAUCUACCGGAUGAGAUUGGUGUCGCAGUGUUUGAGACAUUGUCACAGGCCAGCAAGCCAUUCCAAGAUGUCGCGCUCAAGGCACUCAACACCUCGGCGUCACCUUUGAAGACACUAUCAUUCUCGUCCAACUCGGGUCUGACGGCCAAGGGCUUGAUCGAGUUGAGCAAGGCUCCAUUCAUACCAACACUCAAUCAUCUGAUCUUCCAGAAACUCAAUGACGUGGCACGAAUGACUGUGAAUGCCGUCGGACCACUCCUCAAGCGAUCGGUCUCUUUAGAGCAUCUGGACAUUGGUCACAACACAAUCGGCAACGCGGCAUUCGGCACGAUCACCUCACUCAUCACCUACAGUGUCACGGACGACACGUUUGGAUGUCAACUGCGCAAGCUGGUCUUCGAUGGCAUCGGACUCGAGCAUGGCUUUGACUAUGACUGGCUGCCAAAGUUGCUCAAUCUGGACUCGUUGCACAUCUCUCGCAACAACAUUGGACUCUACGUCGAGGGACUGUCACGAUCAAUCCAAUCCUCACCCAACUUGACAUAUCUCGAGAUGACAAGAUGUAGACUACCCAAGGCUGGCUUGACAUUUGUUCUCUCAAGACUGCCGACCAAACUUCAACGUGUUGACCUGGCACAGCAGUAUGACCAAUAUGACAACACAUCAGCCAGUGAUGAUAUAGACACCAGUUUACUGCACAUCAACAAGUUAUCUAGACUGCCCGAUAAUCUGGUGUCGGUUGACCUCCGAGGCAACCAGUUGGCGCAUGACGAUGGACUCAUCAGUGCACUUCUGGGAUGUAAUCAUACAAUGCCACUGGAUGUCAAAUAUUGA